ACAGUUUGUAAAAAAUAUUAAUCCUCAUUCAUCAAUUCACUCUUGUAGUUUUUUAAAAAAAGAUUCCUACAUAUUUUGUAACAUAGUAUACCAAAAAUGUAUUUAGGAAGUGUAUUUUAUUUCUUGGAUGUUAGUUAUUGCCACGUGUUCAAAGAAAGUGGUACCCCUCACCAUAUACAUACACUUUAAAUAGUUGUUAAACUGUAGUGCCCUUGUUUUUUGUGGGGAAUUUAGAAUGCAAAAUUGCCCAUGUGAAUUCUAUGCUGUUCAAGGCACUUAGGUGCCUUUCCUAUUCAGAAGGAAAACUUGUUCACUAAUUUCCCAGGUAGUUUUUGAUCUUUCUUAAUUAUUUUUUUUCCCAGGUGGCUUUCUUUAGGACUUCCAGAUUAGGGUAAUAGUAUUUACUCUUAGCUGAAUCCAAAGUACAGAGAUUCUUUUGCAUUUUUGGGAAAGAACGAUUUAAACAUUUGCAUUUUCAUUCACCUUUGGGUGUGUAUGUUCUUCUUGAGAGUAUGAAAAUAUUUGUUCAAUAUCUACUCCCUGUGAGCCAUAUACUCUUGCAAAUCUAUUGUUACAAUUUAACAAAUCUGUUAGAUUAUAAAGGAUCAGUUCAUUACCUCUAGGCCUUGAAUAAACAUUUAAGCAAGAGUUAGAAUUCCUAGUUAGUUGUGAAAAUUUGAAAACCACUGAGGAAAUCACAUAUGAUAUGGACUGAGUUUUUUAAGGCAGUGGUUAACAGGUUUUCUAGAGAGAAACAAGAGCAGCAAUGAGACUGUUUUGAUUUGGAUCUGGAAUGUCCCCCAAAUGCUCAUGUAUUGAAGAUUUCGUUCCCAGUGCAGUUAUGUUCAGAAGUGGGGCUAUUAGGAAAUGACUGAGUCGUGAGGGCUUUAACGUCAUCAGUGGAUUAAUCCAUUAAUAUAGUGAUAAUUUGAAUAGAUGAUUCGGAGGUGCUAGAAACUGUAGUAGGUGGGACCUAGUUGAAAUGAGGCAGUCCUUGGGAGCAUGUUUUUGGGGACUAUAACUUGUCCCCCACCCUCACCACUCCCAUUCUCCCUCUUUACUUCCCAGUGACCAGAAGAUGAGCAGCUUUGCUCCACCAUACCUUCCCAGCCAUGAUGCUUUUUUCUUACCUUAAGCCCAAAGCAAUGUAACCUGUUGACCUUGGACUAGACUUUCUAAAACUAUAAGCCAAACUAAAUCUUUCCUUCUCUAAGUUGUCUUUCUCAAGUAUUUUAUCACAGCAAUACAAAGCUAACACAGACUUUUAAAAUUUUUGGUUAAUAGGCAUUUGCUUUUUUUUUUUUUUGCUUAAAAAAAAAAAAAAAGAAACCCUAGAGUCAUUAAACAAUGCCAACUUCUGAGAAUAACUGUCUGGAUUAUCUGACCUUUGAUUGGUCAAUGAAAUUGUAAAUCUGUGCCUAAUCCCCUUUUAAUUUUGCUUGAGGCCUUGUUUAAGGGGUGUAAAUCAGGGCUCAUUUUAUCUCUGUCUUCAAUAAACAAAUGAUUUUUACUUGGUUUGUCAUUAUUCCAUAAGAGAUGGAAGAAAGUCAUUUGAUCUUUUUUCUUUAAAAUGAGAAAUUAAAAGAUGAAUUUGAUUCAUUAAUGUGCCCUUUUGACUUUGUUGAACUUUUUAUAUGUGACUUCUUGUUAUUCUUUGGCUGUUCCCUGUUGAGUACAAAGUACGAGUUCCAGUACAUCACUUCUAGUUGAGAGCUGAGAGUUUACUAUUGCAGUAAAUACUUUUUUAAAAUUGAUUUUAUUUUUUAAAUACAUGACAGCAGAAUGCAUUACAAUUCUUAUUACACAUAUAGAGCACAAUUUUUCAUAUCUCUGUUUGUAUAUAAAGUAUGUUCAUAUCAAUUCAUGUCUUCAUAUAUGUUCUUUGGAUAAUGAUGUCCAUCACAUUCCACCUGCCCCCUCUCUUCCCUUCCCAACCUGUAGUAAAGACAAUUCACCCUUUUGUCUACUAGCUUUGAGAAUAGAUGGCCAAUUCUGGUUUACCAUUAUUUGCCCCUUUAGUUAUCAUAGGUUGGAACUAAAAAUUAAUAUAUAUUUGAAGUUAGGUUCUAAAACACAUUAGAAGAUAAUUUCUAAAUAAUUAUGUGCCAAUACUAUGCAUGUUUCUGAAUCAGUAGAUUUUCAUUAAAACUUUUGUUUGAUUUAAAAAAGUUUAAAAGAACUUCACAUCCUUAGUAUUUUUCAGUGUUGAGCUAGGUGAUAUUUAGGGAAGGGGAGUUAAUUAAAGUGACUGUAUUAUUACUUGCAUAAUUUGUACAGUACAGUGAGUGUGAAAUAUGUUUAUAUCCCCAAGGACUAUACUGAAUACAAGGUCAUACUUAUGAGAGGUUGAUGCUUUGAUGAUUAAGGGUCUUAUAUUCUAGGUUAGCCUAAUUAUCAAAAUACAAUACUGUAUUAAAGAUUUGUUUGAAUUCCAGUUAACCCUAGUUCAAACUUUUAAAUUGCCUUUUGAUUCAUUACUAAUCUUGACUUGCUUGCUCCUCAUUGAUAUACUCCAAAAGAGUGUUCAGAUUAAGAUUCGUGGUUAUUUUUUUCCUUCAUACAAUAUGAAAUGAAUCUGUUUCAUCUUAGAUUUAUGAAACAGGAAUAUAGUAUUUCUUUAUAAGCCCAAUUAAUUAGUAAAUCAAGUUAGUAUUAUUAAUUGAUAUUAUAAAUCUUAUAAAUUCCUUUCCUCAUAAUUUUACCUUAAGAGACUCAGUAAUUGAAAUGAAGGAAUUCAGUCUUGAACUAACUUUUCUUAUAGGACCAUUGACAAAUAUUCAGUGAAAUGGACCUUAAAGAAUUUUGUGUGAGGGAAGAAAAAAGUAUCAGGGAAUAAGUGCUAGAUCAGGUAUCAUCAGAUUUGAGCAGAUUCCUUUUAUAAGAAUGCCAGCUUUUCUUUGCUUUUAAUUUAUUACCAGUAAGUCUUUUGAUUCAUGACAUUUAUCAGUUUAUUCUAGUUUCUUGAUUCCAGAUAGCUCUUUGGGAUUUGAAUUGUAAUUAAUCUACUUUGGAGGCUUCCUUAAAACAUUAUAUAUCUUUUAACAGUGAUGAAGGAAGUUUGUCCUGAUCAGCCUUGAUUCUUGGGUUUAAUGUAUGCAGAGCUCAUUCUGAAUCUUAUUCUUAAUGAUAUUUAGUCUCAAAUUGUAUCUUAUGUACAUUUUCAGGUUUCACUUUAAACCUUAACGUUUAUAUAAAUUUGUAAGUGUAGGGAGAGUAAGGAUAUUAUAGGUAAGGUGUAAGCUUAAUGAUUAUUAUUAAAGCUUGGUGGUAUGAUUUUCAUUAUAGGGAGGCUUUAUGGUUAAUUGUGAAUGAAAACUUUUGAAGAUUUGCUUGUGUCCUUUUCCAUAAAGUAUUAACAAGCUGCCCUAGUUUUUUUUUUUUUUUUUUUAAUAAGCUGGUUGCUUGUAUCUGAUGAGGCAGCAUGGUGUAGUACGUUGGGUUUUAAUUCCUAGAUCCAAGUUUUUAUUUUGCUCUGGGAUAUAUAGUGUGGUUCCUUUCUUUAUAAAUAGAUGCUAGUCUUGUCUUACCUACGUCGUAUUUGCUGUGGGAAUCAUUAGAUAGAGCUAUGUAAAAGCCUUGAAAACUGUAAAAUGAUAUAUAAAUACUAGUCCAUGAUACUUGGUUUCCUGUCAUUUUCUUUUAGAUAAUAAAUUCGACUUUUGUAGUUUAUACUUUGAAACAUAAAAAUGUAGGGGCAGUUUAGGUAUAGUAUAUUAGGGUUCUUGAGUGAAGAGUAACAGGUGUGUGUGUGUACCGUUGACACUCUGUAUCUGCAGGUUCUGUAUCUGUGGAUUCAAUGAACUGUGGAUUGAAAAUACAACCAUAUGCUGCAUAAGAUAUUUUGGUCAACAAAGAUCUAUAUUCUGAAAGUAUAUUUCAUAUAGCAUAAGUGUGUAGUAGGCUGUACAAUUUAGGUUUGUGUAGGUAUACUUUGUAUGUAUACUCUGAUGUUUGUGCAAUGAUGGGAAUCAUGUAAUGUUACAGUUCUCAGAACAUACUCCCAUCAUUAAGUGACACAUAGCUGUAUUGGAAAAAAAUAGUCAGUGAUGAACAUGUAGCCUGUUUUCCUUGGUACUAAUCCCUUAAAAAUACAGUAUAAUAGCUAUUUACAUAGUAUUUAUACUGUAGGGAAUGUAAUCUAGAGAUGAUUGAAUAAUUGUCUAUUAAUCUAGAGAUUAUUAAAAGUAUAUAGGAGAAUGUACAUAGAUUAUAUGCAAAUAUUAUGCCAUUUUAUAGGAAGCGUGGUGGAUUUUGAUAUCAGUGAAUGGUUCAGGAUCCAAUCCCCUAUGAAUACAGAAGGAUGACUAUUAUCUAUAUAAAAUAAGGAAUGAUCUCAUAAUUAGGAAGGCUAUGAAGUGCCUACAUCUGCACUUGGCAAGCUGGAGACACAUGAGGAUUGCAGCAAUUCUCCGGAAACGAAAAUUAGACUAUUAUUUGUACAAACUACUCCCUGAGAUCCUACAAUCCGCUUCAUUUCUGACUGCUAAUGGGGCCUUGUAUAUUACUUUCUUUUGCACUUUAAGGAAGAUACUUGGAAAAUUCUACUCAUGGACUCCUGGCUUUGGUGCCGCUUUACCAGCAUCUUAUAUGGCCAUUCUAAUUGAAAGAAAAAGCAGGAGAGGGCUGCUCACAAUUUAUAUGGCCAACUUGGCUACAGAAACACUAUUUAGAAUGGGUGUGGCAAGAGGAGCCAUCACAACAUUAAGAAAUGGAGAAGUCCUUUUGUUCUGCAUAACAGCAGCCAUGUACAUGUUCUUUUUCAGGUGCAAAGAUGGUUUGAAAGGAUUUACAUUUUCUGCACUUAGGUUCAUUGUAGGCAAGGAAGAAAUUCCCACACAUUCUUAUUCACCAGAGGCAGCAUAUGCAAAAGUGGAACAAAAGAGAGAGAAACAGGAGGAAAAACCAAGAAGAAUGCAUAUAAUUUAUCUAGUUAGGAAACUUGUGAAUUUAAUAUGCAAGCAUGGACCAAGGCAUAGAUGUUGCAAACACUAUGAAGAUAAUUGUAUCUCUUAUUGCAUUAAAGGUUUCAUCAGAAUGUUUAGCGUGGGAUACUUGAUCCAGUGCUGCCUGCGAAUCCCCUCUGCAUUUAGGCAUCUGUUUACAAAGCCAUCCCGGCUACUUUCUCUCUUCUACAAUAAAGAAAACUUCCAGCUUGGAGCUUUUCUUGGUUCUUUUGUUAGUAUAUACAAGGGUACUAGUUGCUUUCUGCGUUGGAUCAGAAACCUGGAUGAUGAACUACAUGCUAUUAUAGCUGGAUUUUUGGCGGGUAUAUCAAUGAUGUUUUAUAAAAGCACAACAAUUUCCAUGUAUUUAGCUUCCAAACUGGUAGAGACAAUGUAUUUCAAAGGCAUUGAAGCAGGGAAGGUUCCCUAUUUUCCUCAUGCAGAUACUAUUAUCUAUUCCAUCUCUACAGCAAUUUGUUUCCAGGCAGCUGUCAUGGAAGUUCAGACCUUGCGACCGUCUUACUGGAAGUUCCUUUUAAGGCUCACCAAGGGCAGAUUUGCUGUCAUGAAUCGAAAAGCCCUGGAUGUUUUUGGUACUGGUGCAUCUAAACACUUUCAGGGUUUCGUCCCCAGAUUGGAUCCAAGAUAUACAGUUGUAAAACCGGAGUUGCCGAUAGAGUUUUCAUGAAGAUGGCUAUAAUUUAUUAAUGUGACUAUAUUUCAUCAUUAUAUCCUGAAGAGUUAAUUAUGUUGAAUACAAAGAAGGGGGCCCAGCUCGAACUUCAGUGUUAUUUCAAUGAGAGAGCUUUUUUGUUUUGUUUUGUUUUUCUUACCAAUCAGAAAUACAGAAGCUUUUUAGGAAGGUGUUGCUUAAUAAUUAAGCUUCCUCUGUAGCCAGAAUCUGAUUCUGGAUCACUGUAGUGGUUGACAUUGUGAUAUAUUAUUGAUUAAAUUAUGUCCACAAAUGAUAUUGAAUUAUCUAUAUAGAAAUGUAAUAACAAGAGUACACUUAAAAUUACUUAAAAGAGUCUUUAGUUCAUUCCAAUAUAAUUCUUGGUUUAAACUAAGAAUAUUUCUCAUUUUAGGAUUUACAAAGGAUCACGGGUACGUGGAUUUGGUCUGUGAUUAUUUUUAAGUUUUGAAUUGGUAUUUGUAGUAGUAGAAUGUUAUAGAUUUGAAGGAAUUCUCCAUAUACAAUGCUGCUUUAGUAUAGAGCAAUGUAAUUGGAGAAAAGUGGCCAUUCUUACUUCAGGGAUGCAAAGAUGGGUUUUAUACCAUUGGGGUAAAUGUCGUGGUAUCCAUGCUCUUUUUUCAACUAGUAACACCAUCUCUCUCCAUGACCAGUAGGAGGGCUGUUUGGCAGCCCAGUAAACCUACAUACUAAUGGCAGGUUAGGAACAAAUGAAAAUUUACACAUGUGUUUUAAUCUUUUACAAUAGCAUUACACUUGAAUAUUUAAAAACAAAUAUUUAAAAACAAAUCUUUUAAACCUCCUAUAGAUAUAUUGUGUUUGUUGUCAUUUAUAGAGGCUGAAUUGUUUAUAACUCAGUUUGUAUGCCAUUGUUUUAGAAAGGAUCAAAAUCCUGUGGAACAAAAGAAGUUUUGCGAAGUUUAGCAGUGUUUUACCCUGUCAACUGUUUCACUUAGAUAAUAGAUGUUUUACAACUAAAACAACAUAAAAUUCCAGCAGUUGUUAAAAAGUUUUUCAUCACUAAUUUAAUUCAUGUUCCUCAACUUCAUUUUCAGAAACCACUGUCAUCCUUUUUACUCUAGAAUAAAGAAGUGACAAAAUGUAGUCACUUUCUCUUGAUGAAAGUAAUUCAGGACAACUGAUGAACAUAUGAUUGCUAUUUACAGUUUUUCAGGGAAAAGUUUUACUUUUCUAAGAUAAUAAAAGGCUUAAAGUGAUUGUGAUAUCUACAGGGAAUGUAAAAUCUAGGAGUGAUGCUAUUUUUGGAAUAUAAUUUUGUUACUAAAAUGUUUUUAGGCCAUGGUAAAUCAUGCAGUAGAAUUUGUGUUACAAAAGGGAUUUUUAUCCAGAGGUUAAAAAUGCAUAAUCCCCAAUAUUAAAUUUUAUUAAGCCUUGUAUUACUUCUGUUUUUAUGUCAUCCUGUCUUUUGUUGUUAUAACAAAUUGAAACCCAACAAAAAGGUAGAUUCUAGUACUGUGGUAACACGAGAGUCACUUUAGUUGGGUCAAAAUUUUUCAUUGUGAAUAACUUUUUAGAGUAGACUUGCCAUUUGGCAAUACUGGUAAGGGAUCAUUUUGGUUUCAGACUUCAAAAUUGAUUAAUGUAGUUUUAAGUUUUUAUUGACUGGAAUCAAAAUGAUGAUUGGUACUAUGUUUACUUUUUAAACAUGAAGUAUUAAAGCACUGAGAAGCACCAGCAUGCACCUCAUUUUCCCUGUUCAGAAUUUAUGUUUGUUAUAUUUUUCCUAUCAGGUUAAACAUAGACAUUUAAAUCCAUAAGUUGUUAUUUUCAUUGCCAUUAAAAAGCUAUCAUAUUGAAAAACACAUUCUAUUGAAAUUUUCUAUGAUUGUUUAGCAGAAUUUUGCUGGUUAAGGUGCAUUUCUGCAAUAUAUAUGUAUAUGUAUACAUAUAUCAACAAAUUGCAAUCAUAUUUUUAUUUUAUAUAAAAUGUAAAACAAAAUAACCAUCCUGAAGCAGAAUAUAGUGGUGAAUGUAUAGAUUGAAUGAAUGGUUAACUAAUUUGCAGUGGGGAAUCAAGAAUCAAGAAGUCCAGUUUGAUUCCACUAUGGCAGAUUGAAAAGUAUACUUGUUCAAGCAAACACAAAGAAACUUUGUGUUCCUGAAGACAAUUAAAAUGUCUUUCUACCUCUAACUAAUCAGGUAUUGAUUGACAAUGUAUUGGCAUCUUAAAUAAAGUCAAAUAGACCUCUCCAUUCCAAAAUAUGUUUUUAUUUUUAAAAUCAUUUAAAUUCUCAAGAAAUCAUGUCCAAGUAAAUUUCUACCAGACUGAUAGUAGUAAACAAAUAUAUGCCUGUUAGUCUUUCCAAUAUCUUUACGUAGAGUGAAGAACAGUGCAUCUGGAGCAGUAGUAAAUUGGUCGUUUCAUUGCUAUUCCCCGUAUUAGUAAAAUCCUAUAACUUGUACCAACUAAGUAAAGAUUGAGGUUGCAAGAUAGUUGUCUUGAAUCUGUUAGAUUCGUACAACUUUUUCAUCAGAUAGUUUUUGUGUCCAUUCUGAAACAUUUCUGAAAGAAUAUCUUUGGUUCUGUUAUCUUUUUUUUAUGAAUUCUGUAUUGGAUUCUGUAACUUUUUUCUUGCUCUAUUAACAUAGAUAUCACUCAAUUUAUAUCUACUUUAUUAUUUUUACUUUUUUUGCUAUUGUUUAGUCAGUUAUUUAAUUUAUAAUUUUGUUAUUCUUUACUCUCAGAUUUUAUAAUUUACUUUUACCAAGAACAAAUACGUAUUUUGUGAUGGAACUCACAUUGGGUAUUUGUCAUAUUUUCUGGAAUACACACAUCCUUGUAGAUUAUGUCUAGGCUAACAUUUGAUUUAGAUGAUAAUGCUGACAAAAAAUAAAAUGUUUAUGCUUGGAUUUCA